AUUAGGCAGAACCCCCGAAUAUUACUUGCUCGAUAACAUUCAUAAUAACGCGAGAGUUUGUAAGUUGCCUGAAGGCUGUAGUUGCAUGUGUCAAAGGUAGUGGAAACGCGCAUAAACCGACAACCUACUUACUAUAUUACUGUACACGGCCGAGAAGAUAAUACCCGUAUAAAAACCCCGAGGUAAGGAACUGCAGACGGCGACGAACGCGACCGAGGUCGAAUCUUUUCGUUGCUUUUUUCCUCCGGUUCUUUUUCUUUUACUCGAACUAACUCUCGUGCAGCUAUUGAAAAUUACUGCACUAAACAUAUUUUUGUGUCUCCCUUUAGCUCCAGCCUGCGCAAUGAUUUGUUAUACUCCUCCUUCGUAUUAAAGUCGCCAUUUUGCUUCACUGCCCAGAUAAAACCUUGUAUUUCAAAUAUUAUCUUCAAGGAGUCGGAGCCGUCUCGAUCUUUCCUGCCUGCUGAUUUCAAACGCGUUGAGUUUCCAACGAGACGAUUGAGGUUGAAUACGUGCCUCGUGGUUGACAUAUUCAUGCAUAUGAGAGGGGGGCAAGUGAUGGCUGGAAAAUCGGUGAAAGUCUCUAGGAUUUAAAUUUGAAUUUCCCUUUUCCUCCUCCCGUUCUCUCUUCUUCAUCGCCUCGUCCUCCUCUUUCCUCGGAUUCACAGAGGAGGCUAAGGACCGACGGUGACGACUGGCAGUCCGCCUGCACCGACGCUCAACACGGCAGGUGUGAUUGCCAUGUAAGACCGGGAAAGGCGCAGCCCUACGGCCUGACCCGUACGUGGGUGACCCGGGCCACCCAGCCGCUGGUGCUGGGUAACUCCGACAAUUCCAGCAUGGAGAUCCCCAGUAUCCCACGGCUGGCUAAGCUGUCAUCAAGGGGUCGUCCUCCAAAACAGGCCCACCCCCAGGAGACUGCCAGGACCACAGCUAAAGCCCCUGAGAACAACAAACACAGUACACCCUGUAGUGAAAGAGGGGAGGGAAAGAAGAAGGGGCGUCCUGAAGAGCAGGAGCUCAGGAGUAUCCCUGCUAACAUGAUGGUCCAGUGGAAGGAGGAGUUUAAGAAGAGGUCCAGGGUAACGUGUCCUGGCUCAGGCUGCUGGUUAGAGUUUCCCAGCAUCUACGGUCUCAAAUACCACUACCAACGCUGCCAGGGGGUGACCCUAGCAGAGAGGUUGAGUCAUGGCUGUCCGGACUGUAAGGCGGUGUUUGCCACUAAGGUCAGUCUCCAAAAGCACAAGCUGUGGAACCACCCCAUCGAGACCAAGGCUGAGCCCAAACUACACAAGACCCCCGUGAAGGGGACCGCCAAGAAAAGGCCUAUGAAGAACACUCCACUGUUGCCUGUGUUCUUCAAAGUCAAAAAGACCCAGGAGGUUUCUAGUCCCUCCCAGAACGGGGAGUGUGCCCCCCAGAGGGGAGAGAGGAAACAGCACCCACACCCCCAGCCCCCUCAGCAGCAGGCUGACACCUCCCCCAACACCCCGGGGGGCAGCGAGAGCGAAGAUGAGGAGAGCAGUCUACUCCCACCAUACCCCAAUGAAGACCAUGAGAGGACAAGGCACAGACGGAAGCAGAUAACACCUAAGAAGUUCACUGGAGAGCAACCCUCUAUCUCGGGGACGUUCGGACUGAAAGGUAUGAACAAGGUAGAGGAGAAGUUAAAGGCUGGUCGUGUGAAGAGAUUAGAGGGGGGUCUGUUCAGCGAGGAGCCCCAGAGGAAGCACCCUGGUCCAGCCUCCAGGAGAGACCUACCACCCCUCACCUCUGCAGAGGCCCAGUGGCAGCAUGCCAUCUCAGAGCGGGGGGAGGUGCUCUGUCCUACCUGCUCCAUUGUCACCAGAAAGACCAUCUCGGGCCUCAAGAAGCACAUGGAGAUCUGCCGAAAGCUCCAGGAUGCCCUGAAGUGCCAGCAAUGCCAGAAACAGUUCAGGUCCAAGGCCGGACUCAACUACCAUACAAUGGCUGAGCACAGCAGCAAGGCUUUGGGGAGCGAGGACCAGAUGGGGGACGUGCAGGAGGAGAGAGAGAGGCUGCGUAGAGUGCUCAAACAGACGGGACGAAUCAAGUGUCCUAAGGAGAGCUGCUCAGCCCAUUUUUUCAGCCUGAUGGGAUACCAGUACCAUCAGAAGCGCUGUGGCAGACAGCUAUCAGAGGAGGACAAGCCUGUGUUUCUGUGUCAGCACUGUGGGAAGACCUACCGCUCUAAGACUGGCAGAGACUACCACCUCUGCACUGAACACCCCACCACUAACAACAAUACCAACAAUACCACCGGCAGAGGGAUGAGAACAGAGGAGGGACAGCCUGCAGGAAGGAGGGAACAGAACCACAUGGAGAGAGAGAAGGAUGGGAGAGAGAGGAAAGACAACGAAAAGGGUCAGGAGCUGUCUGCGGUUAGGGAGAAGGAUGGGAGAGAGAGGGAGAGAGACAGGAAGGACAACGAAAAGGGUGAGGAGAUGUCUGCGGGUAGGGAGAAGGAUGGGAGAGAGAGGAAGGACAACGAAAAGGGUCAGGAGAUGUCUGCGGGUAGGGAGAAGGAUGGGAGAGAGAGGAAGGACAACGAAAAGGGUCAGGAGAUGUCUGCGGGUAGGGAGAAGGAUGGGAGAGAGAGGGAGAGAGACAGGAAGGACAUCGAAAAGGGUCAGGAGAUGUCUGCGGGUAGGGAGAAGGAUGGGAGAGAGAGGGAGAGAGACAGGAAGGAAAACGAAAAGGGUCAGGAGAUGUCUGCGGGUAGGGAGAAGGAUGGGAGAGAGAGGAAGGACAACGAAAAGGGUCAGGAGAUGUCUGCGGGUAGGGAGAAGGAUGGGAGAGAGAGGGAGAGAGACAGGAAGGACAACGAAAAGGGUCAGGAGAUGUCUGCGGGUAGGGAGAAGGAUGGGAGAGAGAGGGAGAGAGACAGGAAGGACAACGAAAAGGGUCAGGAGAUGUCUGCGGGUAGGGAGAAGGAUGGGAGAGAGAGGGAGAGAGAGGGGCUGGGGGAGGACUUUGAGAGGACUCCUAGUGGUAGGGUGAGACGUCGGUCUGCCCAGGUAGCAGUGUUCCACCUGCAGGAGAUAGCAGAGGAUGAACUGGACAAGGACUGGGGCACCAAGCGAGACGACCUGGUACCGGACAGCAAGAGGUUGAACUACACUCGUCCUGGUCUACCCAUGUUCAGUCCCAAGCUGCUGGAGAGCUGGAAGAACGAGGUCAAAGAGAAGGGCUUCAUCUGCUGCUCCAACGGAAGCUGUGAAGCUGUUUACUCCAGUGUGUCCGGACUCAAAGCUCAUCUAGCCAACUGUAACCAGGCAGAGGGCGAUGCAGGGAAGUACACCUGCUUACUGUGCCAGAAGGAAUUCAGCUCAGAGAGUGGUGUCAAAUACCACAUCAGCAAGACCCACUCUCAGGUGAGACAGACAUACAUAAACAGUCCUUUACAGGUGGGCCUGAUAGACCCACUCCCAGGUGAGACACAUACAUAAGCAGUCCUUUACAGGUGGGCCUGACAGACCCACUCACAGGUGAGACAGACAUACAUAAACAGUUCUUUACAGGUGGGCCUGACAGACCCACUCACAGGUGAGACAGACAUACAUAAACAGUCCUUUACAGGUGGGACAGACAUAUAUAAACAGUCCUUUACAGGUGGGCCUGAUAGACCCACUCCCAGGUGAGACACAUACAUAAGCAGUCCUUUACAGGUGGGCCUGAUAGACCCACCUACAGGUGAGACAGACAUACAUAAACAGUCCUUUACAGGUGGGACAGACAUAUAUAAACAGUCCUUUACAGGUGGGCCUGAUAGACCCACCUACAGGUGAGACAGACAUACAUAAACAGUCCUUUACAGGUGGGCCUGAUAGACCCACUCUCAGGUGAGACAGACAUACAUAAACAGUCCUUUACAGGUGGGCCUGAUAGACCCACCUACAGGUGAGACAGACAUACAUAAACAGUCCUUUACAGGUGGGCCUGAUAGACCCACUCUCAGGUGAGACAGACAUACAUAAACAGUCCUUUACAGGUGGGCCUGAUAGACCCACUCUCAGGUGAGACAGACAUACAAAAACAGUCCUUUACAGGUGGGCCUGAUAGACCCACCUACAGGUGAGACAGACAUACAUAAACAGUCCUUUACAGGUGGGCCUGAUAGACCCACUCUCAGGUGAGACAGACAUACAUAAACAGUCCUUUACAGGUGGGACAGACAUAUAUAAACAGUCCUUUACAGGUGGGCCUGAUAGACCCACCUACAGGUGAGACAGACAUACAUAAACAGUCCUUUACAGGUGGGCCUGAUAGACCCACUCACAGGUGAGACAGACAUACAUAAACAGUCCUUUACAGGUGGGCCUGAUAGACCCACUCACAGGUGAGACAGACAUACAUAAACAGUCCUUUACAGGUGGGCCUGAUAGACCCACUCUCAGGUGAGACAGACAUACAUAAACAGUCCUUUACAGGUGGGCCUGAUAGACCCACUCUCAGGUGAGACAGACAUACAUAAACAGUCCUUUACAGGUGGGCCUGAUAGACCCACCUACAGGUGAGACAGACAUACAUAAACAGUCCUUUACAGGUGGGCCUGAUAGACCCACCUACAGGUGAGACAGACAUACAUAAACAGUCCUUUACAGGUGGGCCUGAUAGACCCACCUACAGGUGAGACAGACAUACAUAAACAGUCCUUUACAGGUGGGCCUGAUAGACCCACCUACAGGU